CUUUUAAAAGUAAUUUUAGAUAAUGUUUGUUUUUACAGUUAAACGAAGCUUUUACAUUUUUUUCUUGUCCUAGGUUUAAUUUUUUUUAUAUUUUGAUAUGUUGAUGUCAAAUAUAAUUUUUUUUAAAAAAAACAUUAAUACUAAACACUACUUUAGUGCAUGACAACUACCCGAAUAAGUAAAGAGUACAUUCAAUACAGAACUAUUUCUAAUAAUUUUUAGAAUAAUCUAUAUUAUUUAUUUAUUUUCUCAACCAGCUAAACCGUUUAAAAUUAUAAUAAUUAUAUACAUAUCUAUUAUGUUUUAAAAUUUAAAUGAUUACAUGAUAAUUCUGCUUUCUUAUCAAGUAUUUAGUAUGAUUGCAUCUGAUCAACUUUCAAAAGUUUAGAAAGUGGAAAUAUUCUAUCCUUUUAGUUUGGGUAAUGUUUUCUGAAAUAUCAAAACGGACAUUAAUGCAAUCAAAACCUCAAAAAUAAAAUGGACUCGCACCAAAUCUAAUGAUAGGCUUGUUGCCGACAUGUCACGCAUUUAUUAGAGAGAACUCCCAGUCGUUUAUGAAAACCGUCUAGUCGUCGUUAUGCAUAAACGAAAGAUGAAACGACGAGUCACUUUGACCCUGGCAAUGAAAUUCGUAUAAGCAAAACUCCAUUUUGUUCCACCAUCAGCAGAAAGGACAUGAGAGGGCUUUCUUUAGCUUCUAGGGCAUCAUCACCUGCACUCAAUAACCUCUCUAAAUCUCAAAAAUCAUCCAAUCAGCCAAAACUCACCACGCAGAAGCACCCCUCAAAGUCCAAAACUGAUCGAUUUCAAAGGCAAACCAACCACACUGAAGCUUCUUUAACAGGUAAUAAUACUCUUUCUUCACUAAACUCUCAACUUACAAAACCCAACUUAUUAUCAGUCCCAAAAGGUCAUGUUUCACAUAACAGAGAUACCAGGUCAGUUGAUCGUCAUUAUAUUUCUAGAAUUCUGUCAAGAAAUGACUGGUUUUUACUGCUAAACCACGAGUUUAAGGCGAAGAGGAUUAAUUUGAAUCCUCAGUUUGUAGUUAGUGUUUUGCAAAAUCAAGAAAACCCAAUAUACCCGUUGAGAUUUUAUAUCUGGGUUUCGAAUGUUGACCCGUUAUUUAUUAGGAAUCAGGCUGUUAAGGGUGUUUUAGCUAAUGCGUUUUAUCGAAAAGGUCCUGUUGUAUUGUCUGUUGAUUUGCUUAAAGAUAUUAGAAACUCAGGUUUUCGAGUUGACGAAGAUUUGCUUUGCGUUUUGAUUGGUAGUUGGGGAAGGUUAGGAUUGGCAAAGUAUUGUGAGGAAAUAUUUGGACAAAUAUCUUUUUUGGGUAUUACUCCUAGUACAAGGUUGUAUAAUGCUGUUAUUGAUGCAUUGGUGAAAUCAAACUCUCUUGACCUUGCCUAUUUGAAGUUUCAACAGAUGUCAGCGGAUAAUUGUAAACCUGACAGGUUUACUUAUAACAUGCUUAUUCAUGGAGUUUGUAAAAUUGGUGUGGUGGAUGAGGCACUUCGGUUGGUUAAGCAGAUGGAAGGUUUUGGAUAUUCAGCUAAUGUUUAUACAUACACUAACUUAAUAUAUGGGUUUUGCAAUGCAAAGAGGGUUGAUGAAGCAUUCAGGGUUUUUGAAACAAUGAAGCUUCGGAAUGUCAAUCCUAAUGAAGCCACUAUCAGAUCAUUGGUUCAUGGGGUGUUUCGUUGUGUGGCUCCACGUGAGGCGUUUGAACUGGUGAUAGAUUUUAUUGAAAAGGAGCCUGUUUUGGGGAGAUUGGCUUGUGAUACUUUACUCUGUUGCCUGUCAGAGAAGUGUAUGCCAAGAGAGGCAGGUGCAUUAUUGAGGAAACUUGGGGAGAGAGGUUAUUUGCCUGACAGUUCGACAUUUAACAUCACAAUGACUUGUUUGUUAAAGGGUUUGGAUGUCAAUGAGACAUGUGGGAUAUUGGAUAAAUUUAUUGCGCGGGGUGCGAAGUUGGGGUUUAGCUUUUAUCUUGCAUUAAUUGAAACUUUGUAUAAAGCAGGAAGAGGUAUGGAGGGAGAUCGGUAUUUGAAUCAAAUGGUCAAGGACAGACUUGUGUCUGAUGUCUUUUCAUAUAACAUGCUAAUUGAUUGCUUCUGCAAAGCCAAUGUGAUGAACAAGGCAGUAAUGGUUUUCAAAGUGAUGCAAGAUAGAGGUGUUUCUCCCAACCUUGUUACUUUCAAUACCCUUAUUAGUGGCCACUGCAAAGAUGGAGAGGUGCAUAAAGCACGUGAACUGUUGCAGAUGCUUUUAGAACUUGGAUUGAAGCCAGAUAUUUUCACUUUUAGUUCAAUAAUUGACUGUCUUUGUCGAGCACAACAGUUUGAUGAUGCUUUAGGUUGUUUCAGUGAAAUGGUGGAAUGGGGUAUCUCUCCUAAUGCUGUCACGUACAAUAUAUUGAUUCGUUCUCUGUGUCUUAUAGGAGAUGUUGGUAGAUCAAUGAAACUCUUAAAAGACAUGCGAAAGGAUGGAAUAAGCCCUGAUAUUUUCUCCUUCAAUGCUCUCAUUCAAAGUUUUUGUAGGAUGGGAAAAGUUGAGAAAGCAGAGAAGAUGUUUGUUUCCAUGUCUACCUUGGGCUUGAUUCCCAACAACUAUACUUAUGGUGCUCUUGUUAAGGCAUUGUUUGAAUUAGGGAGAUGUGAUGAAGCUAAGAAGAUGUUUUUUUCAAUGGAAGUGAAUGGCUGUGUUCCUGAUUCCUUCACAUGCAAUUUGAUUUCAGAAAAUCUGUUUAAGCAAGGCGAUUUUGAAGAGCUUCAAAAUAUAGCAAAAAUAUGUUCUGAGAGAGGAAUUGCUCUAAAAUCCAUUCCUGCAGUGUAGGAUUCUACUGCUCUUGGUUCAUAAGCUAGGGCUGAUUUGUUUGAAUAUUCAUUCUUAAGUUAAGAGCCAGCCAUAAAGCAGCCUGCUGGUUUUUGCUUGUGGCAUUUGGAAUCAUGUAUAUUGAAGAAUUGUAUAGAAGAUCUCCAUUCUGCUCCCAUCAGAUUGUUUCAUAUUUUCUGGCAGAAAAAUCACGUUGAUUCCGGUGUCAUACGCAUGUUGAGUUGGUGGAUUUCUAUCUUCUGUAGAAAUAACUUGUGGGCUUGGCAAUUUGUACCGCUCAACUUUCUUGCAUUCCGUUUUCUCUUUUUCCUUGGAAAAAUUGUGUUGUGCAUGCAUGGAGCGGAACGGCAUAGCUGGUCAUCAAGCUUACCAUAUGUUGUGGGGAAUCUCUUUGCUGCUAAGUGAAGCGGUGCCUCAUUCAACGUCUGCCUCGACAUCUACUCAGGAUACACUGCUAUGUUUUUUUUGCCUGGUUACUUUGAGAGAAAUCUAGAAUCUGUUUGUUUUAUAUUUUUCAGAGAAAUAAAAAUGUUAUUCUCAA